CCUCUCUUUCUUCUUCUUGUUGGCUCAUUAUUGUCGGUCUUCAUUGCACGCUUGCGGUUUCCGUUUGCCUCGUAGAGGCCUCACCAAGCGUAUCACUUGACUCGAGGCAUGUGGCGGACAGUUUACUUCGUGAUUUCGAACCGGUCAAAUCGUGGACGAUUCCGAACGUUUCUCUGCAAAUAAAGUGAAGUAAGAGGAAAAGAUUGAUCGCUGAUAUGGGGAUGCACGCCAGGAAUGUCAAUGACAGUCUUGGAAAUGCGUUAUCGACCAAAGGAGAAGUGUCGUGGUCAACGACAGAGGAACCCUUUACUCCCGAAGAAGAGGACGCGAUAGUAACGCUGGUGGUAGUGGUGAUCGGUAUCAUCAUAGCUAUAGUGAUAUUAUUUUCAAUGGGGAUAUUUAUCGAUUGCAAGCAUCAAAAGAAGGAUGUUUUAAAGAAAAAGAAAUUGAAAUUGAAAAUGCCACCAUUGUCUCGAAUGAGAAAAAAUCAAAAGGAGGACGCGAAAUCCUUGGCAUCGGAUAUGUGCCCAAACGGUGCUAGCGACGCCGGCUUUCGAACACGUGAUGUUAUAGUCUGACAUCUCUUGCGAUACGUCGAUUUCCAACGCGCAUAAGGAACGAAAUGCCACCGGUCCAACUCCUAUCCAAUUUCUUCGUUAAACGGGAAGGAAGUCGUUAAAAAUACAGUUCGACGAAAAAUUUAAAAAAUCAACAGAAGAAAUAUACACGGAAAAUUGUGUUAAUCAUAGAUCGAGUGGACUUAUCGUGUUUAUACGUGUAAAUGACGUGAUCAAAUUUUGCAAAUAACCUAUCUUUCGCAAAGUUCUUCAACUCAAUAUCAUUUCGUGUAACUGUGAUUUUCAUGAUUUUAUAUAUAUAUACAUAUAUAUAUAUAGUUAUCAACUCUCUCGAUCGCAUCGAUCGCAUAUUUAUAGCGAUUGUUUUUAAAAGUGAACAUAGAAAUUUAUUAAGUAACAAUAAUUUAAAUAGUAAUUUUAAAGGGAUUGAAAGUCAACGAUACGGAUCUAAAUUUUUAGUAAUUGCUCAAAUAAUCGAAUAUGUAUAGGUAUUGUUAGCUCAAUUAUUUAAUCUUCCAUUCAGAGAUAAAAUAAAGAUGAAAGAACGCGAUCGCAUACUCGUUCAAAUCUGAGAAUGUAGAGUAUGUAUACGUAAAGGCAAGCUUUCUGCGAAACGAGUUGAAUACGAGUAUUUUCAUUUAUACAAUAUCGUCUAUUCUUUUGAGGUCUAC